AUGUCGACCUCUAACGGUCAUAUGGAUGCGACCGCCGCCGUGACAAAUGGCGCCUCUAACCCGAGCAAAGGCUCCUCGGACCUCCAGCCCACAAAGUCCAACAUUGGCGUCUUCACCAAUCCCAAACAUGACCUUUGGGUGGCUGAAACGUCUCCAACCCUUGCAGAAGUCCAAGGGGGAAAAGACUUAAGAGAAGGAGAAGUCUACAUCGGCAUCAAAAGCACAGGAAUAUGCGGCUCAGACGUACACUUCUGGCACGCAGGCUGUAUAGGUCCUAUGAUCGUCACGGACGACCAUAUCCUAGGCCACGAAUCUGCGGGCAUCAUAUUAUCUGCCCACCCCAGUGUGACGAAUUUGAAGCCGGGCGACAGAGUGGCCAUUGAACCGAACAUCCCGUGUUUCAAGUGCGAGCCAUGCUUGACUGGCAGAUAUAAUGGUUGUGAGAGCGUCGAGUUUCUCUCCACGCCACCCGUUGAUGGCUUAUUGAGGAGAUAUGUUAAACACCCGGCUGUGUGGUGUCACAAGAUCGGGGAUAUGAGCUACGAGGACGGAAGUAUGCUAGAGCCACUCUCUGUAGCUUUGGCAGGGAUGGAACGUGCCGGUGUGAGGCUUGGAGAUCCCGUGUUGGUAUGUGGUGCUGGACCGAUCGGCUUGGUUACACUGUUGUGCUGCGCAGCUGCGGGCGCAUGUCCUCUCUUGAUCACCGAUAUCGAUGAAGGACGGUUAAAAUUUGCAAAGUCCCUUGUCCCGCGAGUCACCACAUUUCAGGUCCCCAAGGGAGUGUCUGCAGAGGAGUGUGCCGAGCAGGUCGUCUCCGCAAUGGGCGGUAUCCGGCCUCGCGUUGCGAUGGAAUGCACCGGCGUCGAAUCGAGCGUCAAUACGGCAAUCUGGUCGGUCAAGUUCGGCGGCAAGGUGUUCGUGAUUGGCGUCGGCAAGAAUGAGAUGACGAUCCCUUUCAUGAGGCUGUCCACGCAAGAGGUCGACCUUCAGUACCAAUACCGAUACUGCAAUACGUGGCCGAAGGCUAUCAGACUAGUAGAGAGCGGAGUCAUUUCGCUGGAGAAGUUGGUCACGCAUCGGUUCAAUAUGAGUGAUGCGGUCACUGCUUUCAAGACGGCGAGUGAUCCGAAGAGCGGAGCCAUCAAGGUUCAGAUUAAGAACGACGACAGUUUAUGA